ACACAGUUGCGCGUGAAAGUGUGUGUGUUGUUUUUUUUGGAUAUGAGCUUCUUAGGAAGAUGCUGCGGAAGAAGCUCCCCACAAGUUAACGUAUUUGCAAAGAGGUCCUUCAAAUCUCUCAAAUUUCCCGGGGAGUCCCUCGAUGACAUCACCUCUCCUGCUCUCGUUCAUGGCAUUCAUGUCUUCCACUGCCCAGAUGAAGUCGGAAUCGUUGCCAAAUUAUCGGAAUGCAUAGCUUCAAAGGGCGGCAACAUUCUUAAUGCCGAUAUUUUUGUGCCCGAAAAGGAGAAUGUUUUCUACUCCAGAAGUGAGUUCGUCUUCGACCCCGCUAAAUGGCCGAGGGUGCAAAUGGACGAGGAUUUCUCAAAGCUUUCAAAAACAUUCAACGCAAUGAAAUCUGUCGUUCGAGUCCCCAGUCGAGAUCCAAAAUAUAAAAUCGCUGUCUUUGCUUCAAAGCAGGAUCAUUGUCUUGCCGAUUUGCUGCACGGGUGGCAGGACAAAAGGCUACCGGUAGACAUUACAGCUGUCAUAAGCAAUCACGAUAGAGGUCCAAAUACGCAUGUGAUGCGAUUUCUUGAAAGGCAUGGAAUUCCUUACCAUUUUUUGGACUCGAAUAAAGAAGACAAAAACGAAGGAGAUAUUUUGAAUUUGGUUGAGGGUACCGACUUUCUAGUACUUGCUAGAUACAUGCAGAUACUCUCGAGAAAUUUCUUACAAAGUUAUGGAAAGGAUAUAAUUAAUAUUCAUCAUGGCCUGUUGCCAUCUUUCAAGGGAGGGAAUCCAUCGAAACAGGCGUUCGAUGCUGGUGUGAAAUUAAUCGGUGCAACAACUCAUUUUGUGACCGAAGAACUUGAUGAAGGCCCCAUUAUCGAGCAAAUGGUGGAGAGAGUUUCACACAGGGAUAAUCUACGAAGUUUCGUGCAGAAAUCGGAGAAUUUGGAGAAGCAAUGCCUUGCAAAAGCAAUUAAGUCAUACUGCGAACUGCGUGUAUUGCCUUACGAGAAAAACAAGACCGUUGUUUUUUGAGAAACCUGUAUGUAUUCCCCAUUUAUCUCAUUCUUGAUACAACUUCAAUACUUUUUAAUCAGAACCCAUUUUUUUUUUCUGCA